AUGGCGGCGACGACGACGACGACGACCGUGGGGGUCCCCAUCUCGCUGCUGCACGAGGGCGAGGGCCGCACGGUGACCAUUGAGCUCAAGAACGGGGAGGUCUACCGCGGCCACUUGACCGAGAGCGAGGACAGCAUGAACUGCCAGCUGAGCAACGCGGUGUUGACGCAGCGCGACGGCCAAAAGUCGAAGCUCGAGCUCGUGUACGUGCGCGGGUCGCAGAUCAAGUUGGUCAUUCUGCCCGAUGUGCUCAAGAACUCGCCGCUGCUGAGCAAAGUUCAGGCGCUGAGGAAGAAGAACGAGGAGCAGAAGCAGAAGAAGAGCAAGAGCAAGAGCAAGGACGGCGUGAAGGCGUCCGGGCACAAGGGAGCGAGACGCGCGGGCGUUGGGGCUGUGCACAAGUAG